AUGUACGCCCCUGUUACACUGGAACAGGAGGAUGGUGACGCUAAUGCCAUUUGCCAGACAAUUAUCUAUGAGACAAAGACAGUUCCAACAACUAUCACAGAGACGUGUACGGUCACGGUACCCACGACGGUUACAGUCAAGGUCCCAACGACAGUUAUAGUCAAGGUCCCAACUACUGUUGGUGUCACUGUGGGUGUGCCAACGACUGUCAACAAGCCUACGACAAUCAAGGCCACUACCACUUACACCACAACGUACACUACGGUAUGCUUUCGAAACCAUCAUUCCGAUCCUAAAUACACGCUGACCAUUCUCUUCACAGUCCUAUCCUGUCACAACAACUAAGACUGUCAAGUAAGUAUUUGGAUUUGCUCUCGCGCGGAUUGAAAUCCUGCUAACAUUACUCUAGCUGUCGCCCUGGUUCAACCACAUCAUCUCCAGGCUACCCAACGAAUGUGUAUGGCAGGACACCACCGCAGCCGAUCUGUGAUACCAUCACUACGACAGUGUGGACGACCACAACAACCACCGAAUUGCUCUACACCACCGUGCCCACCACAGUCGUUGUUCCAACCACUAUUGACAACACCGUCCAGGUUCCAACGACAGUCGACAACACUGUGCUUGUCCCAACUACUGUGGACAACACCGUCCAAGUUCCGACCACUGUUCAAAACACUGUCCAGGUUCCAACUACGAUCGACAGAACUUCGUAUAUUACGAAGACAACCGCCACCCCAACCACGGUCUGGCAAACGACCACUUUCACGGAGACGGUCGAGCGCACAGCAACGGUCACCAGUGGAACCACUAUAUUCACCACUGAAUAUAGAACUGUCACGAGUAGUUAUCCAGUCGUCUCAUGGGCGACAUCGUACAUCACAGAGAGGACAACUCUUCCUGGUCAGGUCACAACGCUCCCUGGGACGACUAGCGUCACGACAUUUACAGUGACGGCAGAUGGCACAACGAGCGUUGUCACAUCGACGGUUACUCUUCCUGCGUCUACCGUCACUCUUCCAGGGUCAGUCACAACACUUCCGGGCCAGGUUACAACGCUUCCCGGAACGACAAGUGUCACAACGCUCACAGUGACUGCCGAUGGAACGACGAGCGUUAUUACAUCAACCAUUACUCUGCCUGCCUCUACAGUCACGCUUCCUGCUUCGACAAUCACUCUGCCCGGCCAGGUAACAACGCUUCCAGGCCAGACUGUCACUGCGCCCGGUGCCACCAUCACUGCUCCCGCGCAGACAAUCACUCUUCCUGGUGAGGUGACAACGCUGCCCGGUUCCACGGUGGUGACCACAGCCACAGUUUUGGGACCUGAGAGGACGAUCACCGUGACAAGAGACGGCUCGACAAUCAUUAGCACUGUGCCUGGCCCAACCUCCUAUGUGCCGACAACCAUCACUGUCCCUCCUAUUACAGUAACAGUUCCACCCAACACGUUGACCGUUACAACCAUCACUUCUGUCACCCUCUGUCCAGCCCCAACUGCCACUCUCGCAUCGACAUACAAGCCCAAGUCCAAAUUGACAUUUGGAUGCAGCCCAGGAUAUGUUUGCAACCCUAAAAAGCCGGAUAACUGUAAUUUCUGGCCUGGGCCUCCGCAAAACGAGUAUACGUGCGCCUAUGAGGAGUGCAUUCGGUCCCCUCCUAUCAAGAACGUGACUUGGGAGGGUAACCAGACUGGUUACUACCCCCCGCAAUUUGGCUACUUCAACUUGAACCCCAACGCCUUCGGACUCUCGUAUGAUAUUUUCGAGGCUGAGGUUAUUGUGAAGGAGAAGCAUGGCAAGCUCGUGACUAUUACCACUGGUAACUGGGAAUCUCAAACAUCCAUCUCCACCUUCGCGCGGUCAACUUCGACAGCCGUCCCUGUCGUCCGCCGAAGACUGGCCAAGCGUGAAUUCGACACUGCUCCUGCAGUUUGCUUCGGCAUAUGCAAUAAUGCAUAUGUCCUGGCGUCGUCUCUCGGCAAGAGUGAUGAAUUGUGCGAUCCAGCUGGCGACUUCAUUGCUGGCUACAAUGCUUGUACCAAGUGUAUCACGGAUAAUAUUGGAGAAUCUCAGACCACCCCAAGAGAUAUCGUGGAUCCUGAAUUUGGUCAGUUCUUGAACUACUGUUCGGGAACCAACCCAGUUACAUCGACAUCGGCUACUGCUAGCGGACCGGAAUCCGCCGUGACCUCCGAACCCUCAAUCACCACAGGCUCACAAGUCCCAACAAGCAGCGGAGGCUUUUCUGCCAUCACCAGCACCGAAACCACUUCCUCGAGCGCGGCUUCGUCCUCGGCGAGCAGCGCUUCUUCAACAGCGUCCACUUCAGAGCCAACCUCUACAAUUGCUACAUCCACAUCCUCAGCAAGCCAGACCAGUGAGACUCUCUCCACCGUGUCAAGCUCCUCGUCUUCAAGCGCCUCUACAACGAGCAGUGCUACCACGAGCGAUGUUAGCAGCUCCAGUUCCGCUGUUUCCUCAGCAUCAAGUUCGAGCAGUUCCAGCAGUUCCAGCAGCUCGAGCAUCUCGAGCAGCUCCAGUUCCGCUGCCUCUUCAAGCUCCAGCUCCUCUGUGAUUGUAUCCAGCAGUUCAAGCGGUUUCAGUUCUGCUGUGGCUACACCAAGCAGUUCCAGCAGCGCCAGCUCAUCUGGUAUUUCAACUACAGGCAGAGUCGACCCAACCUUCGCCACCAGUAG